GCCAUUUUGAAAUGUGGAAAUUUGUGAGUGGUUGCUUGCAAUUGCAUGAGAUUUGCGCAGUAUCAGCCGUAUCCACCCCCUCCGCCUUCCCCCCCUCCCCUAUUAACAUCCUGAAGGUGGGUGGCGGUGCUAUAUAAGCAAAGGGAUAGUGUUUGUGGAGGAAGGAAAGAUCGCUUUCUGUCAGAUCCGAUCAACUUCCUCUGAGAGAGGGGGAGAGGUGAGAGGAGGAGGCCGGUUUCAUCAAUCCAUCUGUUGAAUUGGUUAUAAAUUACUAUAACAUACAGAGGUAAUUUGGCUGCUACAGUAGUAUUUUUCUGUUUGAAAAACACUACUAGUAGUCGAUCAAAUUGAGUACUACUGACUCUUCCAAAUCAUUGCUGAAUUCAGUUGAUUGAUCUGAUCAAAAAAUAAAUAAAUAAAAGAAAGUGGCAAUCUUUCCACUUGGGGGGCUUGGGAGUACGGAUACGUACUCCUCUGAUUGUCAAUCAUCUCAUCAGGAAAAGAAGAAGAUCAAGGAGGAGGAGGAAAGGAUAGAAGUGCAUUAUUAUUAUUUAUCAUUUUUUUCUCUCAACAUACGUCGUCCCCUUAAUUAAUUAAAAGGGAGAAAAAAAGGAUUGGAAGAGCUGGAGUCGGUGCAAGGUAAUCAGGCAGCGGGCGGAAACGGUCAGAUCCGAUACCGGUCUCCAUCGGCCGCGGAGCUUUUGGAUGCGCAGACGCAGCAGCAGCAGCAGCAGCAACCGCAGCACCACCUGGACAACAACAACGGCAGCUCCACUCCAAUGGAGAAGAUGCUAAAACGGAACAGGCAGCAGCAGCCUGAUUACUAUUAUCAUUCCCUUUUGGACAAGAUCCAGAGUUUUCACCCAUGAAUGCCAAUGACAAUGCCAACGCGCGCUCCUACGCUGUCAUCUUCGACGCUGGCAGCUCUGGCAGUCGGGUUCACGUCUUCUGCUUUGACUCCCACCUGGAUCUUGUCCCCAUCGGUAAAGAUCUUGAACUUUUCGAACAGAAAAAACCGGGUCUCAGUGCAUUUGCGAAUGACCCGGAAGCUGCAGCCAAUUCCUUGCAGGAGCUUCUCCAGAAGGCCGAAGCUGUUGUUCCCCCAGAAUUGCGUCAAAAAACACCGGUCAGGGUUGGGGCAACUGCAGGUCUAAGGCAACUGGAAGGAGAUGCCUCUGACAGGAUUUUGCAAGCGGUUAGGGACUUUUUAAAGAACAAAAGCAGCCUCACGUCAAAGGCAGAUUGGGUCACAGUUAUUGAUGGCAAUCAGGAAGGUGCUUAUCAGUGGGUGACCAUCAACUAUCUCUCAGGGAAAUUGGGAAAAAAAUAUUCCCGUACUGUCGGCGUGGUGGAUCUUGGUGGUGGAUCUGUCCAAAUGGCUUAUGCUAUCUCAGAAUCAGAUGCUGCGAAGGCUCCAAAAUUACCAGAUGGAGAGGAUGCCUAUGUCCAGGAAAUGUAUCUGAAGGGGACAAAAUAUUACCUUUAUGUGCACAGUUACUUGCACUAUGGCUUACUAGCAGCUCGUGCUGAGAUAUUGAAGGCUGGUGUAGAAUCCAGUAAUCCAUGCAUCUUGGCAGGCUUUGAUGAGUCUUACAAAUAUGGAGGGAAAGAAUAUCCAUCGUCUGCGUCACCAUCUGGUUCCAAUUUUAAUGGAUGUAGGGAAGUAGCUCUUAAAGCUCUCAAAGUAAAUGAUUCAGCGUGCACCCACAUGAAAUGCACAUUUGGUGGGGUAUGGAAUGGUGGAGGUGGGGAUGGUCAAAAGAAUCUCUUUGUUGCAUCAUUUUUCUUCGACAGAGCUGCUGAGGCUGGUUUUGUUGAUCCACAUGCUCAUGUUGCAAAAGUUCAUCCAGUUGAUUUUGAGGAAGCUGCUAAGCGUGCUUGUCAAACCAGGCUUGAAGAUGCCAAAUCUACAUAUUCUCGUGUGGAGCCUAAUAACCUACCGUACUUGUGCAUGGAUCUUGUGUAUCAGUUCACCUUGCUUGUAGAUGGGUUUGGCCUUGAUCCUUGGCAGGAGAUUGCUUUGGUGAAAAAAGUUGAGUACAAAAAUUCCUUAGUUGAAGCGGCGUGGCCACUUGGUAGUGCAAUAGAAGUUGUGUCAUCUUUGACAUAACCACCGCAGAGAGUUGAUUGCAGCAGUUUGUGAUUCUCUUGCUUAAAUUUCAUCAUAAUGGGUGUCUACAGUUCAAAAUCGCUUUGUGCUUCUCGCUAGAAAUCCUUCCAUGACAAAAUGAGAGCAAGUUUUGUAUUGACAUAUUGAAUAAUGACUACUACUUCCCCAUUGAUGUAAUGUUUUCUGAUAGUGAAACAUGGGAAUCUGAUACACGACUUAUAAAGAUAGUGGAAUAUUUUAGGGAAGAAAAAAAAAAAGAAACUCAGUAUUGAUCCUGAAUUCU